UGUCGCCGCGCCGCAAAUCCCUGGGGACUAGAUGCUGCCGUUAUUUGACACCUCAUUACAACUGUUUUGUGGAAUGCCAAUAUGUUAGUAGAGGCAAAAUACGAGGAGAAAAUAUCCUUGUUUUACCGCCGAAAAAAAGAGAGAACAUGCUCGCAAUAGCUGUUAAAUUAUUUCUGUAAUGGCUAAGAAGCUACAUUUGCUGUAUGGGCUGAUUUUACUGUGUUUUUUUCUUGCGGCAUGCGCAACUCCCGGCGACCAAGACGAAUUCGAAGGUGAGCUUGUAAAUUACGUUUCCUCGAGUUGUGGCCUGUUCCGUUUAUUUAGUCGUAUAAAGUUAUCAAAUACUGUGUUAGUUAGGUAUGGAAAUAGUAUGCUUGAAGUCCCACAGAGUUUAUUGAUGCUUUCUUCACGCCAGAACGAGUCUACUGACAAAAUCUUUUCACAUCGGAAAAUCUGUUUUCAUCCAUGACCGUGACGCAUUGUCAAACGUACAUAUACAUGAUAUAGAAGUGACGCGGAGAGUCUCUUCGCUUUCUAGGGUUUCUCUUUGGUUUUCUGUUUCUCAAAGGCAGAGAAUAAACUAUUUCACUGGUUUCUGCAUCAAAACCAGCUGAGAUAGUUGUUCUUUGUAGAGAUAAGAGCAGUCGAUUCGCUUCACGUGCCAUGAUUAUAAUAAAUUUACCAGUAGUUGAAUACAGGUCAUCACUUGUAUUCAACAUGGACAAUUAAUGUUUUAUUGGAGUCGCUUCCAAAGCUAUUGUAGCUAAUUGGUCACUUUAUUAUGCCGUGUUCAAUUGGUUUCAUCAGCUGACCUUCCGAAAUCGCUUUAUUAAUUUGCCACGACGAUAGUACAUUCCGAAGCAGUUUUUAAUAGGUAGAUCUUCGGUGUUUUCGAUCAUAUUGUUGUUACUCAGUAAUAUACAAAAAGUCAGUAAGAGAUUUUAAGCGCUUUCAAUAUUUGGCUUCUUUCAUUUAAGAACGACAGUUUUGGAGUUUUCAUUUGAACACUUUAUGAUAUAUUCUGAGCAAACUUCUUGUAAGAAACCUACGAUCAGGCGUUCCCCUUCUAUUUUUUCGGGGAAGCACGGUCGGUUUAAUAUGUUAAAACAAAUCAUUUCAGGAAAGGGGCUUUCGGACGCUUCAGAAAACUACGGAAAAACAGUGUGUUAAAAUAACCAAAACCUCUCUUGAUCUAAAGUUUUGACAGUCCAUGAUAUUAAUUUUGUAAACUUUUAGAUUAGAAGCAAUAUAGGUAACCAUUACAUAUGACCAUUACAUAACCAUUUAUGAUAUGUCAGUGACAUCUUGUAAAAAAAUUUGGCUGUAAAUUUAGUCUUUCAAUGGCUUGUAGUCAUUGGCCGACCAUUUGAAGGGGGGGGGGGGGGGGGGGGGGUAUGGUUGAUUUGGUUUGGGUAAGAAUUUUUUUCCCAACCUCUGGUAACAGAAUUUUUUUUCCUGACAUGCACAGUGCAAGAUUUUAUUUCCAACAUUGCACAUUAUAUUUUCAGUGUAGGAAUGUUUUUUUUGCCAGGUAUUCCUUGCAAGAUUUUUUCCCCUCACAAUCAGUCUGCAGGAUAUUUUUCUCUGAAAUCACCCAUACCCCCUCUUAAAAGUCAAAUGGUCGAUCCCCAACCCUAAUUGACCCCACUGUUGUCAAUGUUCAAUGCUGACCUGCAGUGUUCUUACCUGACCGCAGCAUUGCGGCAUUGCUGCACUUCCCAAGGGGUCCCAAGGGCGCAAAGAAGGAAAACAAACCUAUAGAGUGUUUUCACAUGACGUAACGGCGGACAUAUUGGUGUCCCAAAACAAUGAAACGGCGGCCAUGUUGGUGUCCCAAACUAAUCCUGUGGGAGUUGGACUCUUUUCUUAUGCAAAAACUUUCUUUUGUUCCAAUAAAUUUGCAUAGAUGAUGGCCACGUGAGUGAAAACGCUCUAUUACAAAGUGUACGUGACCAUACGUACACAUACGUACAUUUCCUUAUGAUAUGAGCCAAAAUUUAAUUGGUUACGGCGUCUGUCAAAAUGUUGAGUUAACUGUAUCUAAAAAUUGUGACCCGCUUUUCUCCCUCAUGACCCCUUUUUAGCUUCUCUGUGGGUCCUGUGGACCCCAGUGCAUGAACUCCUGGUAAGAACACUGGAUGUGACUUAUUAUAACUGGACUCAUGACUUAUUGAUUCAUUUGACUCAAAAUAAGCAUUCUCAUUUCUUUUGGCUCCAUGUACAGUUCUAUUAUGUGACCUUUGACUAACACAAGUUUCCUCGUUAGUUCCUUGGUUUGUUGGCUGCUUCAAUAAUAGUGAAGUAGAUUUGAAUUCAUCAGUUGAUUCAUUACAAGAAGAUCAAGUGACACCAUUUUCCUGUGUCUACCUCUGUGUAAUAAAUUCCAAGUAAGUAUCGUAUUGUCUGUUGUAGAUACAGUGCUUUUGAUAAAUAAUGGUAAUGGAACUGAGUGGAGUCCAAUUCGGUCUAUAAUCAUAACUAUAACAAAAUUCUUAGAUCUGAUUGGCUAUCAACUGCCCAGAUUUCAGCCUUAAUAGGACAGUUAAAUAGGACAGUACGCAUCAUGCCUAAGUAAUUGGACAGUACGCGCCAUAAUGUGCGCGCUUAAAUGGCUUUUUUUUUUGCUAGCAAAAAAAUCUCGGAAUUUCUUCUGUUUUGAUUAAAAAAAAGAGCCUAAUAUAUCACAAAUUUUGUUAAAGUUAUGAUUAUUCGUAACAGAACUUCGUGUCAUCCAAUUCGGUCUGUAAUCAUACUCGUGAUUAACCAAAUCAGAUGACCGCGUAUUUUGUUAGCAGACCAAAUUGGACUCCACUCAGUCUUGUUACCAUUACUAAUCAUACAAGUGAUUAACAAAAUUGGACAACAGCAUAGCAGGAGUCUGAUUUGUUUAAUUACAAGCAUGAUUACAGACUGAAUUGGGCAAUACAAUAACAAAAUUUGUGAUUUUUCCGUAGCCUGAGAAAACGGCCGACAUUUCUCGACGCCACCACUGGUUUCCCUGCGAAAUUACAUCUGGGCAACGCACGCAGAAAUUCCAUACUGAUGAUGCAUUACUGACCAGAUCUGGGUAGUGCUUCUGAUGGGCUGAAAAAUUUGUUUCAACCAAUCAGAGGCACUACCCAGAUCUGGGUAUUGAUGGGUCAUCAGUAUGGAAUUUCUGUGCUUGUUUCUAAGACGUCAUUUCGUGGGGAAACCAGUAGUGGCGUCGUGAAAUGUUGGCUGUUCUCUCUGGCAAUGAUGUUUCAAGCUUUUUUUAAAUCAAAACACAAGAUAUUCCAAGAGUUGGCAGUAACAAAAAAACAUGAUUCAAGUGCACGUGCGUGAUGGAAUGUACUGUGCAAUUACUUAGACAUGAUGUAUACUGUCCUAUUUCACUGUCCUAUUAAUGCUGAAAUCAGGACUGCCAGUUGAUAGCCAAUCAGAUUUGAGAAUUUUCUUAUAGUUAUGAUUAGUCUUGACAUAGCAGACUUGUAGGGUGAUUUGGAGGUGCAUAGUUUUGUACCCUGCAGAAGGCAGCAUUGCCGAAACGUGGGAUAAAAAUCUUGUAACAGCGUCAACUUAACAAUUUUCAAAUGAACAUUAAUUUAGUACACUUGUAACAAUGCUGUGCAGGGAUUUUAAUCGUUAUUACAUAGGUCUGAGGGCAUGCGUCCCCAAAAUAGUGUCUGUCUAUUAUUCACCAAUGACCGGUUAAACUUUAUUGAUAUAAAAAAAGAGGCGGUGACAGUAUAACUUAGUGAUCGAUUGAUUUUUGGUUAAGAAAUUAUUUCUUUAAUUAUUGUGCUUAAUUAUUCAUUGAUUAUCCACCAAAAAUUGUGGCAAAAUUAUUACCCUUGAUAAAUGUUUAAUCUUAGAUAUUACUGAUAACGCCCAAAGCAAGUUGACUAGCCAACAUGCAAAGAAAGUAGUGUCCGAUAGCCUGGGGCCAGUGGAUUUUGCUUUAGGGUUAGUGAAUUCUGUUCUUAACUUGCCCAACGGGCAAGUGAUGUUUUUUGAGGAAUUCAAAUUGAAGAAGAACUGUGAAAUCAAUUCUGCUAGUCAACAAGCUUUUGGGGCUAGUUGAAAUGACGUUUAGGCUAGUACAUGUAAAUGCUUGCUUCAGCUUGCCCGAAUGGCAAGCUGUAAAAAUGAUUUUCUUUGCACCCUGCUAGCCAUUUAUGGAGGGCUUUUUCUGCUCUUACUCCCGUGCACUUUACCUUGUUUUUCACUUUGAUGUUUAUGUGCCCUGCUUUUAUCAUGUGAUAAAGUGGAGACCUGCCUUUUUUUUCUGCUCUGGAUAUCAGAUGAAAUAUCGCGUUAACUGGUUGAUGGAUCAGAGCUCCUUAAAUGAACAAUAAUUGUUUGGUCGUGCAUGUCAGAUCCUUAUGAUAUACUCACCUCAUAUACAACAGGCUUCUAGCCAGACAUUGAAAACUGUCUGUCCAGAAGGCAUGUUUUCUCAUAAAAUUUUAAGAGAUUAAGUGAAUUUUCCUUGUAUUUCUUCCAAAAAUGGGUGUCCAUAGGAUGGCAGGACACCCUUCUGGCUGAAACCUUGAUGUAAGGGAAUAGGGAGUCUGGAUUCCGUGGCAGGAUUGUCGCUAAGAUUUCAAGUUGCCGGGUAAACACAACAAGUAGGUGGGGAAUCAAACGGCUACGGAUUUCUUUUGGUUCUAUUUUUCUUCCAUUUUCCAAUAAAAGUAGCUGGGGGCCACUCUCUUGGUAGUCGGUGAAAAUCCCCGGCCCCUGGCUCUUAAUGAAAACCCUGCGUAGUCUGGGAAAUUUCUGCUUGUGGAAUCCAGAAUCCAGGAAAGUUUGCUCAAGGAAUCCGGAAUCCAAGUUCCACUGACAAAGAAUUUGGAAUCCAGUGGCUGGAAUCCGGAAUCCAUGGCGUGGAGUUUAGAAUCCAGCACUGUCUGGGGCGAGCCUGCCUUAGAUUGCCACUGUUAAUGCCCUUACACCUUUGUACACAACUGCAUAUAUAAUGCUAAAAUGUUCAUUUUCCAUUCCAGGUUUAGGUUUGCUGCAGUUAAGAAUGGUAACCAUUGUUUUUGUCUUUCACAAAUACAAGAAAACAGUAGGGUGAACCAGAGUUUAUGCAACUUAGGGUGAGUAUUGAAACUAACAAGUUCCAGUGAUAUCUCCUCAAUUGAUUAUGAAAAAAAUCCAUAAAAGAUGCACACUUCCCCAAUGUACCGCUUUCUGGAAAUUCUCAUUGGAUGGGGCAGGAAGGUGAGGGGUGGCUAGAGGCUAUGGAAAUCUAGGCAGGAGGGUCAAAACAAUUUUUUUAAAGAUCAUGAGCUUCUAGUCAAAAAACUUUUUCGCUUAUUUAUAUUUUCUGGCUUGUUUAAUUGAGUUCCACUUAAAGCUUUAUAAACAAGAAUCGCCGGAAGGCGAUUUUUAACUGGGCUGCAAAGGGGCUAUUUUUUCUGAGAGGAGGGGGCGGCUAUACACACGAAGGCUACCAUAAAACCUUGUCGGCAACCAUUGCAUGCAACAGAAUCUCAUGUGAGACUGAAACAUAAACUCAUUCAGAACAUUGUACCCUUUUGAACGACUUUUGUAACCCAAAAAAAGAGUACCAUUUUUAAGUGGGGGCUGUAUAAUAACUUUAAAAUUCCACCAUUAUGAAUAAAAAUAAACAAGUUAGCCAUUAAUUCUAAACAGGAAACGAUUUGCAUUAUUUCCACGCGCCCAUCCCCCAAUCCCUCUGUGCCCCAAAAUAUAGCGUGACAGUAUAACGUGACUAAUUUGACGUAACCGGAAAUUCCAAAAAUUGUUGUCCUUCUACGAGCAUAAAAUGCGACAGACUGAGCUGAUUUACACUAGACAGAAAUAUUGUAUUGUAUGAAAACCAGAAGUAUACUAAAACAGACAGUUAACUGCCCAUUGAUCCCGCCUGAUCCAGGGGCCUCACUGACUGCACGGAGACUUUACUGCGCUUUUCACAAACAUGCGAACUCUAAAGUUCAAAAGCCACUUUCACAAUCGUGUUUAUCGCUGCCGUCAAUCAUAAUUACGAUCAUAAGCAACGAACCUUGAAACAGGGAAACACACAAAACGGAUCGAAAUCCACAAAUCACAAACCAUGACCUUUUGAACCCGUGAAGUAAAGUUUUGUUUCCUAAGAGGUCCGUUAAGAUGAUUGACAGCAGCGAAAAACGCAAUCGUCGGUUGGGUUCUGAACUUCGGAAUUCGCAUGUUUGUGAAAAGUGCGAUCCUAAUUUGCGGCCCACAGUCUACAUGAGAACGCACUAUUUUUUCCACAAGAUGAAAAAUAUUCAGUUUUAAGAUUUUCCUCAUGGUAUUUUUCUCUAACUUAAAUGAAUAAUAUCCUUUGCAUUUUGAGACCUAAAAAAAUUUAAAGAUUUCUCGCUCGCAUGUUGCGUUCACCUGCACGCACUUCAAACAAUGUAAAUAGAUGAAACGAUCGAUAACAUAUUUUUACCUGAUACCCCAAGACGAAGUUUUCUUCAUGGAAGAUAACUCGUCCGAAGUUUUUGUGCCAGCUAAACAAUAUUGAAACACUAUUCACAGUGACUCCUUGGAUAUUAAAAAGACUGAACGUGACGCACUAUUAUGCCUUUGUUUACUUCUGAUCACAUCUUCAAGCGAAGUCUCUCUUUUCGAGCGAUUCAUCUCAGUGCACAAUAAUUGACCCUUAUAUUAGUUAAAAUCCUAUGGUUCAUUUAUAUUAAUGCUGUUUUUGCCCCUCACAUUGACUGUGUUCGUUCGUAUUCAAAACGCCUUUAGGAAAAUAAAGGUCACACAAGUCGUGUGUAUUAUGUUUCGAGAUAAAUGGAUUAUACGCUUUUUUAAGUUUCCAUUUUGCGGUGACUUCAGUUUACAUCUCCAUAAAAUGAUAGAAGAAAUAUCAAGAAACAUCACUAGAGCUGAAAAUUUUCAAAGGCAUGUUUCUGGAACUCGCUAAUGCUGACAUCAAAGACCUCCAAAGUGGCGUAUGUUGCAUUAAAUAGAAAGAAAUAUUUAAAGGAAAAGCCAGUCUUCUAACAUGGCAAAGUUGUCACGUCACUCGCUCAUGGACGUGCGUCACAUCAGGAUUCAUCUGCCAUUCAUCGACAACUGAGUUGUUCGCUUCACUGACUAUGACGGCUUACAGUCAAGUCUUCAGCCAUAGUGUUGUCAACUGGUGAAAUACUUUGCUCAUAAAUUGUGCUUCUUAAUUGCUCAUGCCUCAAUCGAUCGAUAGUUCACGAAGCGGCCACGGCGUUCCAAACCUGACGCUCACAGUCAUCUUUUCAGUCUUUUAGUGUGAACCUACCGUGAAUUGAAUGCAAUGCGAGCAUUUCUCUGAGUUUCCCAACAUCAACAUCAUCUGACUGACUUAAACUCGAACAAUAAAAAAAUUAUGGAGUGACUCCCAUGGUCGAAUCGCUUCGAACAACGCAAAUAGCCUUCUUCAGGUUCGCAACGCCUUGUGGGUUUUUCAGGGUGAGCGCAGACAAGGUACAAAAAGUAUCCGUGCAAGGCUCCGUGCAAGAGAAACUCAUAUGAAACCAUUUGUGAGAACAUCGUUUCUCGGUACCAGACCCUCGUGUCUUCCCUCCCCCGGGAGACAACUUUUUGACACCGACGACCGAAAGCCUAUUUUAUGACUGGACCGCACAGGCAGCCCAGUAAUUACUCAAUAACAUCUUUUUGGUGUGAUUACGUGAUACAUGUAUUCUUUUGAAUAUAAAUUAAGUUUAAGCCUAAUAACUUGGAAAAACCUGGAAAUUCAGGUGGGAGGGGGGCUCUUUUGCAAGGGAAAUCCAGGUGGGAGAGGGGUCUAGUGUUUCCAGAAGUGUGGGUCGGAGUGGGUCAAGAAACGUGCCAAUCCAUCAGGGAGGGGGGUGGUGUGGAUUUUUUGAAUAACCCAAUUGUAUAUUUUGUGGCAAUGUACAAACACCUCAGAGUAUGAUAUCUUUCAUAAAUUUCAGUGGAAGGGACGCGUCCCAAUUUUGCCUUUCCAGGGGUAAUCGACUCCUGGCCUUGAGAGACAACUUGGCCCUCUCUUCCAGUGUCCUCCUUUCUGGCUAGAAACUAGUAAUCAUACAUACAUACUUUAUUGGCUCAUCCCCAUGGUGCUUUUCAGCAUCAUUGUUUGAAUAAAAUUGAAAAACACAGGAGGCUAAAAACGUGAUAAAUAAUUAACUAACUGAAGGAGAUAAUUAUCCGGAAGCAGUUGCCUAAGUUAAUGCAUAAAAUCAGUCAUGGAUUUGCUUAGCUUCAGUGCAGGCUGCAACUCAUUCCAAAGAGUCAGGCCUCUCUACAUUGAAAGGUCCUUUGGCCACUAGCAGUGUGGAUGAGUGAUAUGUAAAAUGUCAUCACAAUGCUCGGAGAUUGUGUUACUCAUAGAGCUUGGGCUACCUGUGGUUCAAGAUGUCAGAGUUCUCACUUUGCUGUAUGUUUAAUUAUAUGCAGUUGCCAUGGUGAUGGUGAUGAUGGUGAUGAUGAUGGUGAUGAUGAUGAUGAUGAUGAUGAUGAUGACGGUAUUACCUGUGGAGGGACAAACUUAAGCAGUGUCUACUCACUGGCUGUGCCCUUGGUUGUAUCACUCAAUGUCAGCUUACCUGAACAAGUAAAAGUGAAUACUACAAUAACUGCCAUCGCAGGGCUGUCAAUCAAGAGGCCAAUGCAUGAGAUCAGUGGACUGGACAAAAUCAGAAAACUUAAUCAAACUGCUGACAUCAUUAUAGUGAAAUGGUAUUCUGGAAGUCAGCUUUAUAAUACAUCACAGCAUGCUCUUGAAGGAAACUUGACAACCACUUUUAGCACAGUACAGCUCUCGUUAAUCGUUCCCGGUAAUCACUACAUCUGUGUAGAGGCUAGUAACUUGUUCUCAUACCAAAAGACAUGUAGUCUGGUCUUUGCAGGAAUUCCAAUAACAGGGUUAAAACUUGUUGCAGUUGAACAGGGAAGAAAAGCGUCUUUAUUCUCACCGUUGUUUCCAACCUUAGUUGUGCAUCUAAAGUAUCGAAUCUUGAGUGGAUCAAGACCCAAAUUUAGGUUUGACUUUGGAGAUGGAGGCCCUUCUUUCAAUGUUUCAAACUCAACCUCGGGUUCUGAUUCUUUGGGAUCUUCUUGUGUAACUGUGGCUCAUGGUUUCACACAAUGCGGAAAUGUAACUGUCAAUGUUACAGCUUCAAAUGCUCUGAGCCAGCUUUCUCUCAGCCAUCAGGUGAAUGUCAAACAUUAUUUAGACUCAGUGGAGAUAGUAACAGAUGGACGUUCGUGCAUCAAUGUUGAGGCAAAUGUCUCCACGACUUUGACAGCCAGAGUAAAAUUCUUGAACAUAAGGCAAGGAUGCCUUGUGUCCUAUGAAUGGGAUUUUAACUGCAGCUCAUCUGCCAAUGUGACAACUCAAGGUGAGGGUAAAGUCUUUGUUCUGUUUGCAUUUUCACUAUCCAGUACCGUAGCCAGACCAAACGGCCAACCGAGGCAGGCGGGAGUUGCUAGGGGGGUUCGGGGGCAUGCCCCCCCCCCCCCGAGAAAUUUUGAACUUUAGUCUCUCGGAAAUGCGAUUUGCAGCGUUUUCUGGGCCUUUCGGUAACUUUUUUUCGAGUUAGUUUAAGUGGAAUUUAAAAAGCAAUAAUCAGAAACAAGCUACAUAAUCUGGGUAACCGUUAACCUCGCUAAUGGUUUUGAUCAGUAUUUGUUCAAAAAAAAUUUGAGUUAACGUACGUAGCCCAUUGAGAUCGAUGAUAUGGUAAUUUUUUCAUAGUAUAUUGACUGAAUUGCUUAAUUCUUUGUAAUAUCAUGAUGCGUUAAAAAUAUCCGAUGAUCGCUUAUGUAAAAUAAAAAUGAUCGGCGAAAUUCGUCAAAAUUUUACCGAGGCGAGUGCCUCGGUUGGCCUCAUACUAGCUACGGCACUGCUAUCAUAUAAUGAUAGAUAACACGGGGGGCAGAGGAGUUUUUGGUGACCUUGAUUGCAGUAAAACUUUACAGUUGAUAGCACGAUUCGCCUUUGUUUAUUGUAGAAUUGAAUACGAACUUGACUGAUCAAACCGCCAUGCAAUCGUGUUACAAAUCUGGUCAAAUAUUAUCUAAAGCUCGGUGGGAAUGAAUGUUGCCCCAAGGUUGACGUAUUUGGAAAGGGUAGUUACUAAAACAUGGAACGACCUAAAACCACCUAAAACCAGCUAAAACCACCUACAACCAUCUACAACCACCUCAAAAACAUCUACAACCACUCGCAAACAAUCUAAAACCAUCUAAAACAAGGUAUAAAUGUCUCAAAUAAGGCGAGAUGACAACAUGUCACGUACAUGAAAUACGAGAAUCGAACAAAACAUCCACUUCCCCCCAAAAUCUUAUUCUCCCUGGUCCCUUGUAUCAUCAACCAUUGGCUUAAGCCCGGGGGCACUUGGGUAUUUUUUGGGUGGGUAUGUGCCGCCCGGAACUCCAAAUUGGCACCCCGUUCUAGAAAAAAGUUCCCCUAAAAUUGAUACCCCGUUCUAGAAAUGGGCCAAUUUUUUAUACCCCGUUCUAGAAUUCGCCCUAAAACUGAUACCCCAUUCUAGAAAUGGGCCAAUUUUUUAUACUCCGUUCUAGGGUGCAACAAGAGUACAACAGUUUGCUUGUUAACGCAUUGAACCGUAUUUUUGAAAGCAAUCUGUCCUUGAAUACUUUCAAACGGCUGCUUACAAAAGUGGAGCUUUCGUGCGUUCGAAAUAUUAUACCCCGUUCUAGUAAAGGCCUCUGAAAUGGAUACCCCGUUCUAAAUCAGGAGUUUCAAAAUCACAACCCCUUUGGGCGGCACAUACCCGUGUAGGUAAUGUAUGGGAGUACCCCCCCCCUCCGGGGGCUUAAGUCACGAAAUGAAAUGCGAGAUAUGCUAAGUAUAUUAAAAGACUUAAACAACCUUACAAAAUAAACUAUCAAGUCACAAAAAAUAAUAAAACUAGAAAAUAACAAACUCGUAGUCGAAAGACUGACUUGAUUUGGCUUUUUCUACCCUGGGUACCAGUGAGACGUUUUGGUUGACGUUUCAUUUGUUUACAUAAUAGAGCACUCGGUGACGGAAGUCGGAAUGAGACCGGAAACGCAAAAGCAACAGACCGCUGGACCAGACCAGGGAGAGUAAGAUUUUGGGGGGAAGUGGAUGUUUUGUUCGAUUCUCGUAUUUCAUGUACGUGACAUGUUGUCGUCUCGCCUUAUUUGAGACAUUUAUACCUUGUUUUAGAUGGUUUUAGAUUGUUUGCGAGUGGUUGUAGAUGGUUGUAGGUGGUUGUUGAAUUUUUUGAGGUGGUUGUAGGUGGUUGUAGAUGGUUUUAAGUGGUUUUAGGUGGUUUUAGGUCGUUCCAUGUUUUAGUAACUACGAUUUGGAAACUGAAGCUUUCCGAGCGAGGCACAAAGUGCUGAGAAGACAAAGAGACUAGCCUUGUCUCUUUAUCAUAUCUUAUCUGCUGUUAUUAGUCCACAGUCAUGACCUUCAGUGGUUUUCCGAAGCAUUGGAUAAUAUUUUACCAUGUUUAUAGAAUGAUUAAAUGACUGUUUGCUUGAUUCAACAGUGUAAAAACAAAGGCGAUGCACGGUAUCCACUGUAAAAUUCAACUACAAUUAACAAUCAAGGACACAAAUAACUCCUCUGUGCCCUUAGCCUCCCCGCAGACGUCCUUUGGGGUUCGUUUGUCACGCAGAAAUGAAUGCGUGACAAACGAACCCCAAAGGACGUCUGCGGGGAGGCUACUGUGCCCUGUGUAGAUAACUGUUUUUGCCAUACACACCUAUGAGACAAGCAUGAAAGCGAGACCUAAGGGCCACCAAAUCUCCCGCAAAAUAUAAAUAGGGUGGCAAAAACAGGAACAAGUUGUGAUUUAGAGAUUCCUGGAGCAGAUAUUGUAAAUGAACGUGCAUUGGAAGGUAGACAGUGGAGAAACUAACCUUUGUCAAGCUAAGAGUCCUUCGGAAAUACAUGAAACAUCAAGACUUUCCUAUUAUCGGAACAAUAAUAACAAGACGCAGCAGUGCAGUAUUUGGGAGAACUAUUUUAUUGUAAGGUGCGCUCUUACCACUUUAUACAAUUUAAUUGUGAUGCCGCCCUAAAAGGCCUUGCUUUCAUGCUUUCGUCGUAAGUGUGUAUAACUGAGUGAUUUCUUACACGCUGACGGUGAGAGCUCUGGUAGAUGAGAGUUGUACAAACCAUGGAUAUGACAUGAUGUCAUGCACCUAACCGUGGAAACUGGGAAGAAGAAUCGUGACACAUCAGAGCGCCAUGCAUGUUUCAUGAAGAAUGGUUAGGAAAGAUUAAUGCGAAAAAUGUUGAGCUUUUCUGGAAUGGGCUGGUCCACGAAUUCUAUCGCUUGAAAGCGUUGAUUACUUUGGAACAAGUGAAUACUUGAGUGGUUAUGGCGUUCCGUUGCGGACAAAAUUAUACCGAUAGUAAAAACAUGUUGAAAACAUAAUACUUAACUCGAGAUUUGUAAAGUACAUCGAAUGCAAUAAAAAACAUGAGUCGAGAUUUGCAAAAUAUAUGUUCACGAACGAAAAAAAAACACGAGUCAAAAUUUUGAAAUUUGAGUCGAAAAAAAUAUGCGAGUCGAUUUGAAACAAAAAAAAAAUACUCGAGUCGAGAAAGAGAGAACGCUGACCAGUUGUGAUAUCAAUCGAUGUCUUCACUUCACCGAGACGAGGUUUCUAUCCAAAGUAGUGGUUUCUUGGCUACCACAUAUUGCAGAGUUUUUCUUCUCCCUUGCUAGACUUAUCGAGGAUUUGGAAAGGCAGCUUAGUUCAGCUUCAUAUGACAGUUCAGAAUUCUUAUUUCGGCGCCUUGACGAGUAUAAAAGGACGAGAGAGGUUAAAUCACAACUGGCACAGAUACAAAUAACAAAGCCAAAACAUAACCUGUCACGCAAGGACCGACAAGCAUUAAAAGAAUUACAGCAAAAUACUGGCGCGCGGCAUCGACAUCAAGCGGACAAGGGAAUCACUACAGUAGACACGAACAAAACUGACAAAAUAAGAGAAGGUCAAAUACAAAUAUCGACGAUGAACAUAUCUACAAACCUCUCGUUAAACCAAUGUUGAAAGAAACGCAAAGCAAGGUCAAGCGCCUAAUAAAUUACGGAAAACAUAAUGAUGAAAUGACGAGAUAAUGGCAAAUCUCAAACACCCAAUCCACCUAGAAUACCAGAGUUAUACACUAUUACAAAAAUUUACAAACCAACUAUAACUUACGACCAAUAAUCUUCGGGUGUGAUUGUCCAACAGAAAGGUGGUAAUUAACAGGCCUCACAUCUAUACUGGAGUGAGACCGUGGGUUAACAAAAGAGGAAAUUCUCCUUGAUUCCUUUGUGCGCUAGUUAACGAAAAACAGUUCUAGAAAGCGGGGUCCGAGUUAUUGCUUCAGUGUAUACUGUCUGACAGCGCAGUUUUUUACCAAUUUCAUCAGAAACGGUAACAUGAUUAUGCCUUUUUAUGAAAAAACGUGAUCUGUUCGUUGCAACAAUUAAUAUUAAAUUGCUGUUGUGUUGGUUUUAGUGUUUUUUACCGAUUCUACAACAAGAGGAACUAAUGAAAUGACAUCCGAGUGGAAUUAAAUGAACCAGAAUUCGAGUUAUCGGCCGGGGGUAAAUUUCAGGGAAAUUUUGAUGAAGGGAAAGGAAAUUUAGUUGGAGUUAUUCGACUUAGCCGAGUAAAAAUGACUGAAAAGCGGGGAAUGGGACUUAAUUCGAGUUUAGCGAGGAGUUCGAGUUAAAAACAUGUCAGGUUCAUGUCUACUGUAGUGAUUCCCUUGACCGCUUGAUGAUGUCGAUGCCGCGCGCCAGUGUUUUGCUGUAAUUCUUUUAAUGCUUGUCGGUCCUUGCCUGACAGGUUGUGUUUUGGCUUUGUUAUUUGUAUCUCUGCCAUUUGUGAUUUAACCUCUCUCGAGGGCUUCUAAUGGUUGAACCGGUGGGUUCUAGUCCGAUUUAACGUAGAAAGGGUGAACUUCCCUAUUUCUAAACAACCGUGAGUCUCACAAAAUCUUGACGACAGAGUUGCAAGUGUCCUUUUGUACUCGUCAAAGUGCCGAAAUAAGAAUUCUCACUGUCAUAUGAAGCUGAACUAAGCUGCCUUUCUAAGUCCUCGAUAAGUCUAGCAAGGGAGAAGAAAAAAUCUGCAAUAUUUGGUAGCCAACAAACCACAACUUUGGAUCAAAGCCUCUUCUCGGUGAAGUGAAGACAUUGAUUGAUAACACAACUGGUCAGCGUUCUCACUUUCUCGACUCAAGUUUUUUUUUUUGAACUCGACUCGCAUAUUUUUUUUCGACUCAAAUUUCAAAAUUUCGACUCGUGUUUGAGAUCAUGACAUUUGCUUAGUAUUUUUUUUUGUUCCUCAACAUAUAUAUCAGUACAAAUCUCGACUCAUAUUUUUUAUUGCAUUCGGUGUAUUUUACAAGUUUGACUUACGUAUUAUGUUUUCAACAUGUUUUUACCAUCGGUAUAAUUUUGUCCGCAACGGAACGCCAUAAGUGGUCGAGAAAAAGAAUUUUUAUGAGCAACAUGUUGAUGGUGAGGCAAACUGGUCAUGUCUUUUAAACUUUCAUUGUAUGCAAAUGUAUCUAGCCUGCGAAAACAUCUGUUUCUCCCCGCGAAACGUCCCCAGUGGCGAAGAGCGAGUAGAAACAGAUGUUUUCGCAGGCUAAAAUGGGUCUUGUGAUGAGCAUGCGGUUUAUUUUCGGCGAUGAUUCAAAUGACGUGCUAUUUUCAUCACGUGUUUGCUCUUUGGCAAUGGAUGUAAUUUCUCUAGAAUCCAGACGUUUGAUUUUCGUGUAUUUAUACAUGCGUACUCAAUCGAUUCAGAAACAGAUCAUUGAAUACGAUAAAGAAAGCAAAAAUUCCUGAAGAAUACUUGACCGUUGAUAAAGUAAGACGUGAAAAACUUUUAGCGAGGAAAUCCUGUUUGAUGUAGAAUUAAUCACCUCCUCAUUUCGUAUCUUAUCUCCAAGGAAGCUCGACUUAACGCUUUUAAGAGAAUUCUUGUGUUUUUAGUUCCAACAGUGUCCCACGUAUUUUCUGGCUCUCAGCAAAUUUAUCACGUGACAGUCAGGGCAUCCAGUGAGACUAAUAGCGAGGAAGCAACACAAAAAGUGUGUAUACAACAAGAGCUAAAAGGUCAGUGAUAAAUGAGAAAAGUUCAUAUGUAAGAUUGGGGAUCUUAGUAAUCAGGUAUAAUAAUAUUGUCCCAAUUAUUUUAAAAAAUAGCUCUCUAGAGAGAGCACGUGUUUACAUUUUUUGUUAUGUCUGUUGAGCACUUGUGUUGUUGAUUGCUACAUGUCAGUCAAGGCCAUAUUAUUUUUUCCAGUCCUAAUCUGAACAGUUAAAAUAAUGUGACUCAUUGAAAAGGGGGAGACAUAAGGGGUUGAAAGUGUAUUUGAACUUUUUACUACUCACUGUUCUAAAUUUGUGGCUUAACUAAUCAAUCUUGAAAAAAUGACGAAGACUGGCAAUUGCGACCACGGGGGCUGCAAACACAAUCUGAGUAAACUCCUGCACCAUGCACAAAACCAACCCAACGUGAUGACAGAUAUCUGCAAGCACAGUUCCAAAAGAAUCUUUCGGCUGUAAGGGUUUAAAAAGAUAUUGCGAUGAGGAGUAAAAUAAUUGUUUUCCAGUGAGGCCUCCAAACCUUAAUUUGCAAGGAGGAGGUGUUUCCGACCAUCGCUACUGAAGGCCCUUUCUUUUCUAAGCUCAUCCUAUAAAAACAAGUAUCAGACUGGUAUAACACUACAUUUCAUGUCAGACUAGUCGUUGUGUGAUCUUCACAAUCUUCGGGUAAAAACAAUGAAAAAUACCCGUCAGGCUCUAAAAGCUCCUAAAGCUUUUAUGGUAGCUACAGCGAAUUAAUAACCCAAGUGACAAAGCGAUUAAUCAUUUAAUAGUUUAAUUAAUAUUAUUAAUAAAUAGUCGUUAAGUAAAUGUUAAUCCUGCUCGUCAAAAAUAGGCCGUUUCCGAGUUGCAAAAACUCUCACUUUCUAAACGAGGCUAAGUGCAAAACCUUCUCUAAUCUUGUGAAAAUGAUUUUUAUCUGAAGGAGAAUAAAAACUUAUUUUCAUAUCAAAAGCUUCACGCGUAGCCUCGCUUUGAAACAGAGGCUUAGGGCGACUCAGAAAGGGCCUAUUAUUUUUUGGAGUUAGUCAAAAAAAUUAAUGAUUUUCGGGCAAGUACACGCUCAGGCAAGCUGUAAAGCUGGUUUUCUUUGCAUCAUCAUGUCUGGUGUCCAGCGGUGAUACUCGUUUUCCAUGGGGUUCCAACACAGUGACUUUUUGGGAGAGAAUUUAUUGCAUGCAAUUUCUGAGUUACCUAGAAUCGACAACUAAAUUCGUUAAGACACUUCGCCCUUAAGGGCCUCUCAAACGUUUCGCUAACUUAAACAAGACGCUGUGGAAGCGUUUAUUUGGGCGUCGUUGUACUAGGCGAAUGUGAUGUCUUUUAUGUGUACAAUUGUACGGUCGAAGCUCUCCUUGCGACCUCUCUCGUAAGCGACCAGCUCCAGUUUAAUAAGACAACAUUUGUGAAACCCCGUUUGAACUGUGACUUAAACCUUUGUAAUGAAAAGCUCUCGUAAUCGACCGCUCCCGUCAGCGACCUCGGCGACCACUUUUGGGAUUACGCAACUGGACUUUUCGUUUGUUUUUAAGCUCUCCCAAGUGAACACUCAGCGACCAUUAACAGUCUUUCUCAUGUAAAUCAACUCUUUAAUGAAACAUCAUAUGUAAAGACACUCAUUAAACAUUUAUAAAUGUGGAGAAGGGAGUAUGAAGAUGUUUGGCUGGGGUGUGUGGGCUCGAGGGGCUUUGAAAAAUUGGUGAGGUCAAUGGGGAGGGCGUAAAAUCUGUUCGGGCCGGCUUGCUUUGCAGACAUCGUGGCACCUUAGUUUUAGACGCAACGGCAGACCUAGCCAGCCCUACAGCCCGGCUCAUGUAAUCAGGCCCUUAAUGUGAGUUGUAUUGUCACGCAGUUUGCACGUGAAAGCUUUGGAAUUUGGCGCUCUCGUGGUUCGUGUUUGAGAAGAUACGACUUAAUCUAAUUAACCCAAGGGUUUUAAAAAGAACUAUCACACAUGGAGUUUGCAGGUGAAGAUGUUGGACUUUGCCAUUUUUACGGCUCGAACGUGAAAGAAUUUCACGGAGACGACCUUUUCUUGUUUACGAGAUCAUUUUGCUCAAUAAGAUUUUAAGAAAUCACCUCCUUUCCGAACAUCUGUAAUGAAGUUAUGCUCAUUCAAGAUUAAUAGGCUAACAUAAGUUAGUUCAAUGAAGUAAUCAAACUGCCGUCUACUUCGUAUGUUGCCACUCAUCGCAUGUCAUUCCCCUCAUUGAAGCAAUUCCUUAUUUAUCUCAUGCACGAUCACGGAAAUUUGCGUGACAUCUUCUUUGGUUUCCGACAAGUGAGGGCAAACAUAAUGUCAAACUCUUGGCUAUAAGCCAAACCCGUGAAUUCCAAUUAUUUUUAACAGAUUUUCCUUCCUUCUCAGCGGAGUAUUUUGACAAACUUCGAGGUGUUUCAUCUGGGGAUGAAACUCUGAGUGUGUUCCUUUCGGCGAAUCCAAAAACGGAAUUUUGAUCCUAGAUUUGCCAGAUUUCUCGGUCGAAAGGAACGUGAAAUCCGAAAUUGGAUUUGUAACCUUAGUAACCUUUCGCCAACUCGUGCAAUAUGCACGACAGCCUCUCAAAAAAUGACGUGUUUCCAGAUUUCAAGUGACGGGGAUGAUCGAUUUCGGGAUAUUUUCGGCUAGGAAAAUUUGGCAAGUAUUUUUUUGGGGUGGCUUGAUUUAAGUAGGGAUUUGUUUGGGUAUUUAAAACAAUCUGAAGAUUCCUGGUAGUGGCCGCGUAUCCCAGCUCCAAACACAAAGAUUCAAUUUUUAAUUUAUUUUUCGUGUUAUAUCAUUUAAUGUUUUUGGAAAAUUUUAGGGCUCGGAAAUUCGGCAUGGGAUUUUUGGUUUGUUGAUUUUCGCAUGUAUGUAGCCAGCAUUUCGUUUGGACUUCCACUAAGAAUGAAUGGAAUGCAAAGAACGCAAUUUUAUCAUGAGCGUUUGGACCCUCUUUCACUCGUAAUUGACCACUCCAGAAAAUACCAUAACAUACCAUAAUGCUCUUUGUUUGUCACCCCAAAAGUUUGUAUAAGUAUUGUUUUCAGUUUCUCUUGGGGCCAUUUUAUCUCCCAAGAGAAAAUGAAGACAAUGCUUAUGCAAAAUUUUGGGGUGACAAACAAAAAGCAUCAUGGUAUGUUAUGGUAUUUUCUAGAGUGGUCAAUAUGAUCACGCGUGAUUUGACUAUCUGUCACCAGUGAAACUUACGGAAAGCACAGAGAUGGAGCAAAAGCGUUUUGGCCUUCGAUCGUUGUCGCCCGCACUCCGUAACCUUUGGUUAUUACUAGUUCUAUUAUUCUAUUAUUAAUUUGGUCAUGUUUGCAUCUGUGAUUACAUAUGGGAGGUGAUCGCUCACGAAAGGCGGUCGCGCAUGGAGGUUCGACUGUAUUUACAUUAUUGAACUAGUCAAGUACAUGAUUCUCUUUGUCCAUCUUAUCCUUCUGCAGGUGUUGUCAUAAAGCUAGAGAAAUCCUAUUCACUUCUAAGCACAGCACAUACCGAGCUAAUCCAGUUAUCCGCAGAACUCAAAGAAGAAUCAGAUAUGCACAAACCGGUUUCCUUCAUGCUUUACAGAAGUGACAAACGUUCUCCAGUCAAAGGAAGGACAGGGAAAUUUCCCCUAAGUUUCCGUCAGCCAGGAUGGUGAGUACCCAAUGGCCCGGUCUCAUGAACUGACGUGUAUGCCAGCUCUCCUGAAUACAGAGUCAGGGUUCGCACGCACUUUGAAAGGCCUUGAAUUUUAAAAUUUAAAAUUCAAAGCCUUUAAAGUCCUUGAAAAUUGCAGUCGGUGCUGGAAAGUCCUUGAACUUCAAUGCUAAAUUUAUAGUUUAAGUAGAACUGCAAAGGAAAAGGAGCAAACACAGAAAGACCUUCUGGAUAAAAUUUCUCAUAUUGUGCCGGGAAGAACUAAAAAAAGACAUAGACCUCAAGGCUCGUUUUUACACUGAAUGGAAUCCUGGAAAAAUGGGAAAUGUGUCCUUAAAAGUCCUUGAAAAGUCCUUGAAUUUUUUUGUUCAAAAAAGGGUACCAACGAUGAGAGUGGAUCCACCCGCUUUUCGAAUUUUAGUUUUCAAUGUUCCAUUGUUAAGAAAAACACAGAAGGAGGCCCGACUUUUAACGUGAGGACAAUUAGGGAUUGGAACGAACUUUCCGCUGACGUAAAGAAAAGUAAAACUGUUAAAUCCUUUGAAAAUAAAUUGUAUACCAAUUUAGUUACUAGAUAGAAAUAUUGAAUAUCUUUUUUAAAAGAUAUUCAAUAUAUAACUAUUUAAAAAUAGUUAUAUAGCUUUUUAUAAUCAGUCCCCAAACAGAUUUUUUAAAAACAAAUUUUUUACUUGUUUUAAGUAGAUUUUAAAUAGUGGAGUAGUUUUUAAUUGUGAAUUUUUUUUCAUUGUACUUACUAUCUAUCUUCUCAUUGGCUAAGAUCCAACAGUUAAUUUUGGAAAUCAGCGCAACCUACAGAUUAGUUAGUUAUCUGCUAGCGGAUAACUGACUAAUCUGUACGUUGUGCGCGCAAUGCAUGAUUUCCGAGAGUAAUGUCACACUAUCAGUUCCAUUAAUUUUGUCGUUAUCUAUUUCAAAACAAUGUAUAAUAAAACAGUUAUUAGAUUCGGUUUUUGUGAUAUCCUGAAUAAUCAAGGUCUCGGUAAGUGUGUUAUCAAAGUCGGUCUUCGGCUCUGCUGAUCACACUUACUUCGACCGUGAUCAUUCCGGAUAUCACGAAACGUCAUCCAAUAAUUGUUUAUUUACUGUAUUUCCUAACGCUCGCUCUCGGCUUUAUUUAAGUGAUCAUAAAACACAGACUUGUUUACCUUUCGAUCCCAAAUGUUGAUAUAAUGUAAGAAAAAGGGAUAAAGAUAACUUACCGUAUGUUUUUAGUGGCGUGCUCUGCGUUUUUGUGACAUUUUCAGUUAAAAACAUAUGGUGAGUUAUCUUUAUUCAUUUUUCUUUCAUUAUAACAACAUUUGGAAUGAAAAGGUGCAAAAUUCUGUUUUUAUGAGGCAUUUCUACCGAUCACCUGAAUCAAGCCGGGAGCUUGCGUUACGAAAUGCAGUGAAUGUAUGGGAUCACAUGUCGCGCGUGACAUCGCGAUGCCUCGAACAGUUCGGAUGGUGCUCCUGUGGGUCACGAAGUCUUUUAGUAAAAGCAACCUUGAGCAUUUUUAUUUUACUUUAUAUAGGCUGAAAUGUUAAAGGAACUGUGUAACGAAAUUUAUCGAAGUGCAAACAGUGAAACCUGCGUCUCCCUGGCAGCCGUUUUUGUCUCGUCACGCAACGCUCCUUCCCAGGAGAAGAGGGAGGGAAGGAGUGCUGUGUCAUUAGACGCGUGACUAGACACGUGACCUGCGUCUCCCUCGCAGCCGUUUUUGUCUCGUCACGCAACGCUCCUUCCCGGGAGAAGAGGGAGGGGAGGAGCGCUGCGUGACUAGACUAAAAGGCUAUGGGAACUGCCACCGAACCGAGUGACACAUGAAUUUAAAAAAAAAAACAACUGCUCAAACCGCGAAUAGAAGGAAUAAAUAUAACAGCAAAAGAGAGGAGGCACGGAUGGACAAACUUAAAAAUUGAAACAGAUGCUUUCUUUUUCAUUAAUACACUCAUUCCUACAAUGUGUGGAGUGAAAACUAUGGAGGCAUGAAUUGUGGUUGUUUUGCCCGGACGUAAGUCGAUUCGCCCGAUGACAAACAGCACUCUACAACACGGCUUAUCAAAGAUAUUUUUUAGUUAAGCUUGGAUUCUAUUGUGGCGGUUGCUAAAAAAAGGUCGAGCGAUCUCGGUAAUCAAAUUCGAGAUACUGAAGGACUGUACAUCAAACCUGAAGUCUACAUGUACCUUAGCGAUCCCAACGAUCGCUUCGUAGAUCUUUGAUGUAUAUAAAGUGUGAGUGAAAAAAGCUUUUGAUCCACAUGUGCAGUCACUGUCUUUUCACGUUAAUUCCUUAGUUUCAGGAAUAAGGAACGACAAAUAAACCUCGGGCCUGUUAUCCACAGGCAUCCUGUUUUGAUCUUAAAUCAUUGGUAUAUGAUGACAUAUUGCCUGUUUCUAUUUUUCUUUUUUCUUUGAAGGGUUGUUGUGUAUGUCCAAGCAUAUAACAAAGUCAGUAGAGUGAACUCCACUGAGAUUGCAUUCGACGUAAGGCGACCCGUCUCUGGGGUAAGAAUAAGGAGCUUAAGCAUCGACGACGGGGACGGCAGCGAAAACGCCACUUUUAAAAUGAAUUCGCGUUUUUUCAAACUUUGACGCGUUUAUUCCAAUGCGCCGAAAAUGUCAAAUGUAGGCGAAUUUCCCUGGAGAUGGUUUCUUGGGGACCACUCUCAAGUUUAGAAAGAGAAAGAAAAAUCCGUCGACGCUUGUUUACGUCCUCAAUAAAACGUAAAAGUAGGCGUUUUCAUGUCCUAGUCGUGCAGUGACGGCAAAGAAAUGUACAAAAAAGCGUGAUGCACGUGUUGUUUUGCCAAUCUAAACCUACUGCUUUUUUGACGUUCUAGUUAGGUCUGGGAGUUUAAACGAGGACGGCUAAGAAAACGUCACUUGAAAAGUGAAUUCGCGCUGCUUCCAACUUUUUCGCGCUUAUUCUAUCUCGUUCAAUUCGUCACAUUUUGGCAAUUUUUUUUCUAGAGUUGAAUUCAAAAAGACUGGAUCGAAUUUCAGAAAAAGAAAGUCGUUGUCCUGUGUUUACGUCCUCCACAAAAUGUGAAACUAGACACUUUUACGUCGUAGUCGUGCAGCGACGGCAAAAAAAUGUACAAAAAAGCGUGAUGCACGUGCAAAGUUGUUGUUUUGCCAAUCUAAACCUAUUGCUUUUUUGACGUUCUCGUUGUCGUCGCCGUCGUCGUUGUAUAAGUUCCCUAUAAUUGGUGUAUUACGAACCUCACUAAUAAUAAUUAUGUUGUCUACCCUUCCUAAAACUUCCCAACCAACCCUCUAUAUUAAUCUUUUUUUAAUCAACAGUUAUUGAAUGAAGCUGAGUAUCAUCCGAAGAAUUAUGGAGAUCGCGGCCGAGGCGGAUAACACCCUCCGAGAUCUCCAUAAUUCUUCAGAUGAUACGAAAGCUGAAGUCAAUAAUUGUUUUAUUAUUCAUUCAAAAUAAUUCCUAGUUUUAAAAACAAGCUAAAACAUACUCACCUUCAUCGAAGUUAAGUUUAUCAUCGAUAGUGCACGUUAAUCGGCAAGUUUAGGUGAAAAAGGGUAGUUCAGCGCCGCAAAUAUUCUCUCUUCUCUCUUCUCAGAUGUCGUCCUUCGAAUUGUCUUUCUGUUCUUGCUAUGUUUUUAGCCAACAGUUCCUCGUGAAACCAGUGAAACUUUCCGCCAUUUUGGUAUCACUACCAAAAUAACACAACCUCAUCCCCAGGUCUUCUCGGUUAACGGUUCAAUAAAUCUGCAACAUUGCUGCAUUUUUGACGUCAUCAGUUCAAUAUUGCAAAAUUCUUCCAAAUUUGGUCAACAGUAGCUGGUUAUGAUAAAACAUAGGCACGGUCAACGUGCAUGAGCUAUUUUGAAUGCUUCAGUGUAACUAUACUACUUCGGUGUAACCUUACCAAGAGUGAUGAAUCUACCUUUUUCAUCCGAUUCAGAUUUGGUUUUUGUGCGACAUUGGGUAUUGCGCAACAUAAAUGAAAACGCAAAACGCUCAGCUGAGUCGAUCCUCAACCUAUAUAUUCACUUUCCUCUGUCUUUCCCUGUUACAUCUGGUGCAAGUUAAACAAAUUGUUAAAGUAAAAUAAAUUCCUACUCACCAAACGUUGAUUAGAAGGAAAACUCUAAGGUUUCCUCGGAGUUUCUUAAGCAUCGAAUACUGAAUCGUUACGAAAUACCAGGUUUUUGUCAUUGAGGUAGAUGGUUGCAUCAUCAUAAUUCACGAGAUUUUCACGUGCGAUUCUACUCAGUGAAACAGUCUUUAACUCCGACAACUUAUUUCUUCAUGUUUUAAAAGCUCUUGCUUCUUAAAAGACAUGAGCCUUUUUUAAGGCAUUGGUUACAAAACGAAACAGGUCUUCAUACGUCCAAGUUACUAUUUAUCAUUGUGAAAAGCCAAUCUGCAUUAGAUGUACAGUCACACAGCUGGCACGUGAAAGUGUUGGACUUUGCCCCCUUUCGUGGUUCGUACGUGAGGGAAUUCAAGUUAUCACACAGUAAACUAGUAAACAGAAUUAUAAAAAUAACUCUUGCACACAAUUGAACGUGAAGAUGUUGGUCUUUGGUCCUUUCACAAUUCGUACGUAAAAAAAGGCAAAUUGUUUAGUACAAAAUUUUCUCAAGCGAUUUUAAGAAAUUACCUCGGCUUCAUUACAACAUCUGCAAUUAAAUUAUGUUUCACGCAACGUCAAGGUUGGUAACCUAACAUUUAUUAACUUCCAAGAAAAUUAUCAAACUGCCGAAAUAUGUUUCUACUUGUAUCAUGUUACUCCACUCAAUAUAACAGUAUCUGAUUAUUGUGUCAACUAGCUUCCUCUAAUUUUAUUCCCUAACGCUACUGUUUCUACUUAAGUUACACAUCUUUACUAAAUAAAAUACGUUCGUUAUUCUUUUUUUUUUUGUUUUGCCAGAACGGAAAAGGUCUGUUGAACUUUGUAAGCGGGAGAAUAAUAUUUUUAAAGCUUGUUUACAGGAUUAACAAUACUCGGUACAGCUUUCACAAAAAUAAGCUGCCUUUUUAAACUUCUAAAACCACAUUUUAUAGGGCGCAUACUUUCGAAUUAAAGUCUAUAUCUAAAUAUCAAUUAUUGCUUCAUUGGAAAUGCUCUGAAAAUAUAUGAUCUUUUAUACUCUACCCAGUUGUAGCAGGUGAAACAGAACUCACACUGACGUACCUUGUACCGAUAGCCGAAUUAGGUCAGAAAUGCCUUGAAGCAGCAUCCAUACUAAAAUAUGAACCCUUAAACAGCUGCAUCACUGUACACAGCGUUUGGAUCAUGAAGAUAUUUAAUGUAAUUCUUCCAAACACCUGCAGCCGUAACAAAAGACGAAAAAAUUGUGAAGAAUCAAGAUGGCGGUCUCAAAGUGCCCUUGUUCGACCUUUACCAAUGCCAUGUUUAAAUAGAUGCCGAGAUCUCAUUGGUUCCUAAGCAUCAACUCAUAGUACCUUCAACUUUAUUGGCUCCUGCAACAAACAUCCCAACAUACAAAGAUACAAAGCCACAAAGAUACAUAUGCUCACACCACUGACAUAUGAGCUAUUUUUUCAAAAUAGCUCAAUUAAAAAAAACUGACGAAGAUUUAGCUCCGUAAAGUCGCGGAAUUUUACUGGUGUUCGCUUAUGUAAAUAAUAACUAUUAUCCCCAAGUGACAUACUGCUCGUGAGCAUGCAGAAAUCUUGAAUAUAUUAUCGUGCGAGAGGGUUUUCAUUGCAGUUGAAAAUUGGAUGGCGAGGUGUUCUCGAACUAGCGGACUUAUUUCAUCUCAGAACGAGAACCUUUGAAGCUAAAAACUGCCAAGCGGUUCUGCUGAUGCUGUGUUUUGUUUUCUUAAUAUUUUUGUCGAAAAUGAACGGACAAAUGCAGAGUUAGUUGGAUAAAUAGAAUAUAUUUAAUUUCAACGCGCAUUUAGCAGAAGUUGGUUGUAUUAAAGCGCUAACUGUGUUCGCCGUAGUUGUCCGAUUACUCAUUUUCUUCCAACAAUGCUUUGGGUAAGAACAACGUUUCACUGAGUUAAGAGGUAGUUUGUCAGCUCUCUUCCGCUAUUUGUGCGUUUACGUUCACAAAUGUGUUAGCCUAUCAUUUUAGCAUUAAAUUUGACCAACAUUUUGUGGAGCGAUUUCUACGGUCACGAUUUUGUGACAGCGUCCAAUGACCAAUCUCAACAUGACCUUAUAUAUCGCCCCAGUUCCCUACGCAACUCCGAAAUGGCUAAUUCAGAAGUAACAAAGUCUGUGAAGUAUUGAAGCGUGACAUGAUCCGGGAGCUUUAGCAACUUGACGACCACUGCGGUGAAAAGGUCUCUGAAAUAGUGAAUUCAAGCUGUUUCAAAAUUCAUCGCUCAUAAUCCAUGUCGUUCAAUAUGUCAAAUGGUGGUGAAUCCAGUUUUCUGGAGUUGAAUUCUGAGACAGCAUCCGAGUUAAAAUUAAAACGUCCUGGUCUAAUGUGUUCACAUCCUCAGCAAAACGUGAAAUUAGGUAGUUUAACGUCGUGGUCGUCCAACGACCGCGAAGAAAUGUACAAAAAGGGUGUGAUGUAAGUGCAAUGAAGUUUUGGUUUGAUAAUCUUAUGCCUUUUUGUUUAGCCGUUGCCGUUUUCGUUGUUUUUAAGCCCCCUAUUGGUGAGUUUGCGCAACGGAACAGCAGAACGAAGAGGAUGGCGUGCGUGACAAACGUGACAGGGCUGUUACUUGGGUGUUUUGUCGUGAUCUUCACUCAACAUUAUUUUUUCUGGUCUUUUACAAAUACACCUGUUUAAAGGAAGGUGAAGUUUGGCGAAAAGUAUAUUGAAACAAAAUGAGUGUCACGCUUGUCAGAGAAGGUUUGCCGUCUUCUUUCCUCUCCCGUCCUGUUGCGUACGUUCACUAUUAUCCUGACAUGAUUCUUUCUCAUCUUAUUGCUUUGACAUUUUCCAUUUUAGCUUAGAAUUCAUCAUGAAAGAGGAGUAGGACUGAGAGGCACAGAGACGCAUCUGAGAGCCGAUCUAGAGUCAGGAACAAAUGUGACGUUUUAUUGGAACUUUGGCGAUGGUUCUCCGACAAGCAUCUUCAAUACAACAUCACGUGAUGUCUACUACAACUAUACAAAGUAAGUUGUUUAUGAACCCUGGAAACAAUAGAGAUGAGAAGUGAUGAUGUCACCAAGACUAAAUUUGUGAAAUUACCAACAAUUGCCAAAAAUGAGCCUGUUAUUGCACAUUGGCGGGGAGAUAUAAGCAUUUUUAUGCUCCAGUGACUCCAUGUAAAUCCCUUUUAAAAUAGAUAGAGAUGUAUCGUGCCUUUUCACUUGUGACAUAUAGAAAGUACCAAAUUCUGUUUGCAGCGUUUAUCACAAUUCUUGUUUUGUUUGAACAUACUGUAAUAAUGUGGGGCCCUUCUCAGAGGCUUUGGCGGGCGGUGGUUUCAGUGUAAUACAGUCAUACCUCCCAUAAACGACCACCCAAAAUGCGAAGAUUAAGUGGUUGCUUACAAGAAUCAAACCACGGGGGUCUUUUCCGAGUAGAGGUAACAACAAAUCAGAGGUACCGUAAAAUUCCGAAAAUAAGCCCCGGGGCUUAUAUUUUUCAAAGGCCCUUUUUGGGGGGCUUACUUUUGGUGGGGCUUAUAUUCGGAGGGGCUUAUCUUCGGAGGGGAAUUUGCGUUUUAAAAUCGAUUGGUCUGGCUUAUAGUUGCAAGGAAAUUUACCGUUUUUGCUUUGUUUUACUUUGUAUUUGAGGGCCAUUUCCAAGUACAAGCUCCCCAGGGGGCUUUUAUUCGGAGGGGCGACGUAACGGAGGGUUUUUUGCGUUACGAGUUUGGGGGGGGCUUAUACAAGGAGGGGCUUAUUUUCGGAAUCUUACGGUAUUUUCCAAAUACAUGGGAAAACCCGGUUGGAAAAUGAAAUGGCUCGCGCCUUUCCGUUUUGAAAGUGUAUAUGGGAAGCGUCAGAAACUAUGGGCUGUGAUUUGCGGCGAUGCAAUUUUUCAACUCUUUCUAGUCUGUUCUGCUGUUUUGGACAUACGUUGUAGCAGGUCGUUCUUCCAUCUCGUCAAAUUUUAUACUUUUAUAUUUAUGCACAAGAUUUCCAUCCGGGUGGUUUGUGUAAAUGUUGAGCACCCCCGGUUCUACCCCGUACUUCAGUUAUGAGGCUUUUGUGGUUUGAAGCAUUAUACCCCUUUUUAUGCACAAGAUUUCCUCCCGGGUGGUUUGUGUAAAUAGUGAGCACCCCCGGUUCUACCCCGUACUUCAGUUAUGAGGCUUUUGCGGCUUUGAAGCAUUAUACCCCUUUUUAUGCACAAGAUUUCCUCCCGGGUGGUUUGUGUAAAUGGUGAGCCCCCCCCGGUUCUACCCCGUACUUCAGUUAUGAGGCUUUUGCGGCUUUGAAGCAUUAUACCCCUUUUUAUGCACAAGAUUUCCUCCCGGGUGGUUUGUGUAAAUGGUGAGCACCAACGGUUCUACCACGUACUUUAGUUAUGAGGCUUUUGCAGGUUUGAAGCAUUAUACCCCUUUUUGUGCACAAGAUUUCCACCCAGGUGGUUUGUGUAAAUGGUGAGCACCCCCGGUUCUACCCCGUACUUUAGUUAUGAGGCUUUUGCAGGUUUGAAGCAUUAUACCCCUUCUUUAUGCACAAGAUUUCCACCCAGGUGGUUUGUGUAAAUGGUGUGCACCCCCGGUUCUACCCCGUACUUCAGUUAUGAGGCUUUUGAGAGUUUGAAGCAUUAUACCCCUCUUUAUGCACAAGAUUUCCACCCGGGUGGUUUGUGUAAAUGGGAAGUGCCUCUGUUGCCUUGUUCUUCCUUUUUUUUCGUAGAAAUGGACGUUAUUUGAUCUCAGUGACCGCAGACAAUGUAAUAGAGAGAGAGGAAGCCUCAAUCUAUAUUGCCAUCAUUGAUGAUCCAAAAUGGUCUGCUCCUGAGGUCACCAUCUAUGGGCCUUAUAGAACUUCUGUAAGUUGAAACCACAAAGCGGCCAUUGUAGAUCAGUAACACCGUAUAGCCUGCGAGCAAGAUCUCCGGGGCGCUCUUGCGGCGGGGCGGAAAAAGGAUGGAGAGCUUGCAAGUACGUCUCUGGAGUUUGAAUAUUUGCAUCGAAAAAGUCGAUGCGAAAUGCUGAUUGGCGGAAAUGACAUUAGUAAUGACGUCAUUACCCUUGUGCCGCAAAGGCGCCCCCGGAGAGCUUGCUCGCAGGCUAAGCACCGUAGAGAAGAGUUAGCAUGUAGUUAAAGGGGCUACCACACAUUGCAGCUUAUACCCCCCCCUUUCCUUAGUUAUAGGCCAAUCUACCUUUAAACAAAACAUAGACCUGAUAUAUAAAAAUAGAUCUGGGCCGAGUUGUUCAAAGCUGGGUUAAGAUAACCCAGGGUUAGUACGAGAUUUGAAUUCAGAUUUGAAAGCUUAAAAAGCAUUUCAGUUUUAAUUCUUUUUGUCUACAAGUUGAUGAUUGGAAGGUCUAAAAAUAACAGAGAAAAUUAUCCGUGAACAUACUUUUGAUCAAAAGAAAAAGAAACCCGGGUUAAAUUUUACCCCGCGUUAAGCGUUAAUCGGCCUUGGAACAACUGGGCCGUGAUCUAUAAACCCAUCGUAUGUAAGGUCCCCUUCAAGUGUAUUGAAAUAAAUGCAAUAUAUUUUGACAUUUUUGAAGCUUAAUUAAAAACCAGCAAAUGCAAAACUUAUGUUGGUCACCACUGCUGUAGCUUGUUUCGAAGCGCUUCUUCUAUUCCAGUAAUAAGCUCCCUCGGAUAUUAGGCUGCGUGCAAACGAACUCAACAACUCCCAACAUUGUUGCGCCAACAAUGUGGGGAGUUGUUGCGUGCGUGUUGGCAGCGGUGUGCAAACGGAUGCAACAACUCCCAACAAUGUUGGGACGUGCAGUGCAUCGUGGGAAGGAUACAACCCAUAAGUCUUUGUAAACCAGGCAUAAUGAGCGUGCGUAGCCCCAACAAUGUUGGAAGAGCUGUGCAAACGGAUCCGACAUUGUUAUUUGGGCGUGGCCCAAAUAGAGUAAUGGAAACGGCUUGUUUUGACGCAAAUGUGCAAUAGGCACGCAGUUCGUGCUAACGUGAACAAACAAGUAAACAAGCGAAGCGAGGCGAAUGUCUGCAAUGCGAACAUCAUUCAACACUACAUAUUCUCCUACAUCGUUUUCGUAAAGUAAACCAAAAUCCAUAAAACCUGUCUUCGGAAUUUCACGCAAACUGUAGUUUUUUUUAAAUCCUCAACACUCCCUGGUGGUUUCAUUAAAAAAACACUCUUCUAGUAUCUCCAAUUUGAACUUGAAUUUGCAUCACCAUAUUGACACAGGGAGAGUUUAAAAAUAGAAUACGCUCCCACGAAAAACGUGAAAACGUUGUCAAUUUCACGACAGAGACUAACCGACAACGGUUCAGUGGCCAAAACUGACAGGUUGAAAUGUGAAACUACGAGCAGAAUUCGUCGCGCUUCAGGGAUGGUAGUCAGGUCCAAUGAUUUUGAACGUAUGGCGACGGUGUUUCGAGGAACGUAUUGUUGAAGUAUGUUGUCGAGGGUUAAACUUACAAAUGCACACACUGUUCGUGGUAGGCCCACACUGAAAUAACACUGAGUGUUUUCAUAAUGGCUGGUCCGCGAACUCAAAGAAAAACAAAGGAAAUUGUCAAGACAUUUAAAGACCAAGGACCUCAUAGACGCAAUAACGAAUCGGAAUGUUAAGAGUGUACGUGUAAAAUCGAUAAGAGUUUGAACAGAAGAAUGUGUAUCAAGUUUGAGAGUCGCAAGAUUUGUGUAGCUGGUAAUCAGUGUGACAAAAGUGAUUUUGCGUUUCAUAAUGCGGAACACAAGGAGUUGCCUGUGAUAAAAAUCUCUUCCGAUGAAGGAAGAGAAGAUUGUCAACAAUUGAAACCAAAGGAGACUCAGGUUUCUUUGGGAACUACUGUGAUAACGGUAACAAUUCUUCUUAUUCUUUCAACUUUGUUUAGCAGAGUGACUGUUGAUGUACUUUUUUUGUGUUGCGCGUUGUGUUUUUCAUGUAAUUGUGUAUAUUGUUAUGCGGUACCUGUACGAUGCUCGGCGUUGGGAUUUUGCAUUGUCAGCAAGUUUUGAUGUCAGUGAGAUGACGACAAGAAAAGGUAAUGAGUCAAUUGUACUGAAGGAAAAUUGUCUUGUGGAGGAAAUAAAAGAAGUUAAAUUGAGAUCUCGUCGUGGGAAAUUUACUGAUAACAGAACUUACAAUCCAGUUGAAUUAAAUAAGGUUAGUCAUUUUUCUCGACGCGGUCGUGCACCUAGCAGACUACCGAUGAAGAAAUUGAAAAUAUUUGUCAAAGUAAACACGGAAAGUGAGAAUUCUGAAAAAUACACCAUUGUCGUCUAAAAUUCAUUGUUACGUUAAAAAUAGAAAUGUUUUAUACUUAAACCGGGACAGGAGUAACUGUAAGAGCUUGUAAGAGUGUGAGGUACGUUUUUUCGAUUUUUUACUAAGAGCAAGUUCAAAAACAACGGAAGUUUUAUCUGUCGUCUAAGCAUAAAAGAAGAGGCUAUUUAGGUGGGGUGUCGAGGUAUCAAAAUAGGGUUUUAAGUAAGUCUUUGUCCCUCUGUACAUGCAACUAUCCAUUUUAUAGCGCUUACAAGAGUUUGAUUCACCGGGCUAAUUUUGGCCAAUUUAAACAUUCUACUGAUAUCGAGAAGAAUCCAGGACCUUCAUGUGGCGUAGAUGCUACAAAAACGAUUCAUGCUGCAUACUGUCAAGGAAACGUUGUAGUAUUUGGGGAAAAUGAGGAACAAGAUGUGUUGCAAUGAGUUUGUGCGCUUUAAUUUACCGUAAGAUAAGAAGGAUUACUUCAGUCAAUGAUAUGAUUCAAAUAAUGACUGUUGGUAGCAAAUUAUAUUCUAGUCUGCCAUUGCUUGCAAGACAAUCUACGUUAAUUUUAACAGAAUUGCCAGAAAUGUUCACUGUGUUGAGCCAUUUUUCCAGCUUGAAUACAGUGAAAGUUAUACUUGUAACUUGCAUGGGGAUGUCAGAAUUGAGGGGUGGCUCUGAACUACAACUCAUUCAUUUUAACUGUCGGAAUUAUUGGUGUUGAUUCUCAUGCUAGAGAUGUAUCCUGUUAACAAUCAUAGUCAAGGUACAUGUGUAUUGUUGGAAAUACCUUCUAUGCAUAAAUUAAUACAAUAUUUUCAGCGUCUAUAUACAUGUAGGAAUGAGGAUAUAUAUGAGCUUAAAGGUCUACAUAUUGCCAACAUUGAAGAUGAUCUUUGUUCAAGCAGUGUUGAAUCUAGUAGCAUAUCAAAUGUUAAUAGUUUAUACCAAUGUUGUUGUAAACAUUGCUGUGCUAUAGCAGUUUAUGCAAUGUGAUACUCUGUUAUUAAUCCAUGUGGACUCUGGACUUCAGGAACUUUAUCUGCCUUUGCUAGUAUUGGGAAUACACAGUACAAUGUGAUGGGUGUGAAAAGACAUAUUAUGCCAGUUGAUCUUCCACAUUUUUAACAAAAGAGAAUAUUCGUGUCAAAAUUUUUUCAGUGUGCAGUCUUCAUUUGAUGGAAAACAGUAUGUUUGUAGAACAUGUCACUUAAUACAGACAUUUUCUAUCAACACCUCAGUGCCACUAUUAACAGAGUUUGACUCUAUUACCAACAUCCAAUAAAAACAACCUCGUAGAAACCCAGUAACUACCUCACAAACUAGGCCCACCAUCAAUUUCCAAUAUAACUCCAUGCCUACUACUUCACACAUCUCAACUUACCCCUCAAAUACACAAUACCACUGCACUACCCACAUAUCCCUCAUACACAUAACAAACUUCACAUACGCUAAGAACAAACACGCCCAAAUGUACGCUCCCACAGCGUCUUGUUGCUCUACGCUUCGGCGAUCACGGAACAAAAGAAAUGUUGGGAGUUGUUGGCUGAAAAGUUUGACCGGUUUCAAACUUUGCGCAACAACUCGCAACAACAUGCAACAGGGUGAGCAAACGGACGCAACAUGUAACAUCCAACAAUGUUGCGUCCGUUUGCACGGGGCUUUAGCCCCUCCGUUUAUAAGCACUCCUAAAACCCCCCUGUGAAGAUAUAAAAGCCAAGGACUUAUGACCCGCAAUUUACGGCAUGUCGCGAGGAUCUUGCUGUACUGGUAUUUUUUAAGCAUAGAGCGAGUUUCGUAAGACCUUGAAAAAUGGUUUCGGUAAGUGUUCGUUAUUUGUUUUAUCAGCCAGUGGAUGGAAAGAUCAGAACAUGGCCGCUGCGUUUUCCCGCCAAAGAAAACCCUAAUAUGGAGAAGACAUUUUUCGACUGGCCAAUCAAGUUGCAGUAUGACGUCAAAGCAUGGUAUUGGUUGAUUUCUAGAAAGUUUUUUUCACCCGAGCGUCCGCUUAACCAACCAAAAACAAGCGCGUUUGUAUCCGUUCGAUAAACCAAUCAAAUCGCUCUAUUUUCGUUCGUUUGUUGUUUUUGUUUUGUUGGCGCGUUUUCAUUCCAAGGUCACACGAAAAUCGCUCUAAUUUUCAGGAGCAAAGGAAAGGGGUUUGUAUCAUACUUGUUAUCAAAACAAGGUCAACCUCAGCCUCACGCCGGGUCACUCAAAGCCUGGGAUACUAAACUCACAACUGUAAAAUGGUCCAUUGUCCCUUUAAAUUACAAUCCCAUCAACCCUAAAGUGCGUGCAAAGUGGCGGGUAUCGCGAAGAAGGGGCGACCUUGGAGCUCUCUUCGGGUUUCUCUUAAGGCCUCACGGGAUUGGUUUUAGGGAAAACAAAAAGAGCUGCGACACAUAGGGUCCCAAUUAAAUUAGAGGUUUUGAAGAGCUGCAAGGCUAAGUUCUAUUAAUGUUGACUGUGCUAUGGAUUUAAAUGCAAUUUGAAGGAGUUAACAACUAUGA